ACAAAUUAAAGGCCUGCAUAAGCAGAGUUACUUGACAUGGAAAUCUAUUUCGCUCGGCCAAACACCAUCUGUUUUCUCCUGGUUGCAGCACUACUCGUUGCUUUGCAGGUUCCGACUUCAGCUGGUCCUGGUGGAAAGUUAUCGGUUCUUCUCAAAAGUUUCUCAAAUCCAUCAAAUAAAGACUUGAACGGAAAUUGUUGUGAACCAUCUUGUAGGAGUUGUGACUAUUACUUGGAAAUUUGUCUGAAACAAUCUGUUAGCGGAUCUUGUUUAGUCUCCGCUACGACAAAUACAUACCAUAACACCAAACAUGUUGUCUUUGGUGCAAACGAAGGCUUCUAUCGUGGAGGCAGAAACCCCUUGGUAUGGACUUUCUCUUUAUGGAAGGGUUCGUUCCUAAUAAGUGUCAAAGCCAUGGAUUAUGAUCCACUAUCAUCGGAUGACCUGAUAGACGGAUACGAAAAGACAGUCACCGUCAUUCCAAGUUCAUGGAGUUCUUCCAAGAAUUGGCGGGAAAUCAGUUUGGGUGGUAAUCCAUCUACGACUAUUUUGCAAUAUACAGUCCAGUGUCACCAAGAUUAUUAUGGUCCCAGUUGCACCAGGCUUUGUAUAGCACGCGAUGACAACAUAGAAGGUCAUUACACGUGCGAUAAAACUACUGGUCAUAAGGUUUGCCGCGUUGGAUGGUAUGAUGCCAGCUGUAAAGUAUACUGUAUGCCUUACGAUGACAACACGAACGGACAUUAUUCAUGCGAUCCUGGGACAGGAAGAAAGAUUUGCCUAAAAGGAUGGUAUGGACUCACCUGUAAGGUGCACUGUGUCCCUAAGAAUAACUCGCUGGCGGGUUACAAAUGCGAUUCCCGAGGGCGAAAAGUUUGUUUGCGUAACUGGUAUGGCAAAAAUAAAUGUAGUGUUUAUUGCAUGUGCACGUAACUGGUAUGGACCCAACUGCACAGUUUAUUGCGCCUCAAGAAAUGAUCACGCGGGUCACUUCACGUGUCACCCACAGACAGGGCGGAUAAUUUGUAAUCCAGACUGGUAUGGAAGCAGUUGUACAACCCAUUGCGUUCCUCAUGAUAGUGAUUCGCUUGGGCAUUACAAUUGUAACAAGAUCGAUGGAGGUAAGAUGUGUCUUAAAAACUGGCAUGGAGCCCAGUGCUCUAUUUUCUGUUCUCCUCAAGAUAACUCCAACGGGCAUUACAAGUGCGAUAAGAGAAAUGGCAGCAGGAUUUGCCUAGAUGAUUGGUUUGGAACCGAAUGCAAAACUUUUUGCAGGACAACGAACAAUUCAGAAGGACACUACCGAUGUGCCAAAGAGGACGGGACCAAGAUUUGUGACCAGAGCUGGUUUGGGCAAAACUGCACUAUCUACUGUACACCAAGAAAUGACUCUCAAGGGCAUUACGUAUGCGAUCAUCACGAUGGUAGUAAGAUUUGUCACCAGGACUGGUUUGGUCGGAAUUGUUCAAUGCAUUGUGUACCCAGCAACAACUCUAAGGGACAUUACGAUUGCGGGUCUGAGGACGGUACAAAAAUAUGUCACCAAACUUGGUAUGGCCCUAACUGUUCUACCAACUGUAUCCCAAAGGAUGACUUUGCCGGACACUAUAGUUGUGAUGCCACCGAUGGAAGCAAGGUAUGUUACCUACACUGGUAUGGACCUCAUUGCGCAGCAUUCUGCAUGGCACAAAACAGCAGCAAAGGGCACUACACGUGUGAGGAAGAGACCGGUCAAAAAUUGUGCUUAAAAGGUUGGCAAGGAGCAGCGUGUCUUCAAAGAAUUACAUCUACUUCUCAUCCAUCUAUAAGGACUCCCUCGUCAUUGCCAUCUUUCCCAACCGAAAGCAAAACCACAGACCACAUUAUUAAGACUCCGUUCUACCCUCAGACCAAGAUGUCGACCAAAGAAUCCAGCAUCUGGUCUACGGAGUCGACUGAAGGAGAUAGCCCUGUGGAAAAGGAGAGCAGAAAGGCGGAAAAGAAAGGAUGGCUGACUAGCACGCGGAUCGGUUUGAUCACUGGAGGCUUUGCGUUACUACUGUGUAUCUGUGCUAUAAUAAUGAUAGCUAUGAUAAGUUGUAGGCCAAGAAUCAGGCGAGUUCGCUACUCUAGACAAAAAAAUGAAACACGGAGGCUUUCAUUGGAAAGAGGAUCGAGUGGUAGAGUGAACCCGUUGGCAGACGAUAUCCUAACGCAAUAUGAAAUGAACGAUAUGUUCUUCAAGGUUCAACAAGUCUCUUGGAGUGAAGACGGCUCAAGGCAGAUAGAUGAUCACCUGGUGAUGUACAAUAAUCCACUAUUUGCCCCACGAAAACAAAAACCCAAGUGCUGUACCAGCGACAGACAACUGAAACUUGACAGCGAUUGGAAUGUUGUGUUUGAUUUGAUGCCCUGUGAAGGUGGUGGACGUGUAGGCGUUACUCUGAAGUACUACAAAAAUCCUGCUCAUAGGACCUACAAAUUCAAAUGCUGUGAUGCUGGGUUUUUCGGUUGCUCUGGUGGAUGUGAAGCAUACUUCAAAAUUUGCGCGACACAAUCAGCUUCAUCCAAAACGUAUUCCUGUAACCUGGGAACAAAACGGACUGCAGUCGUUGGUGACAGGGAUGAUUAUAUACUUAAUUUAGGAAAAGAGUUCACUUUCACAUCCUUACAAUACGGCCCUCACUGCACAAAGGAGUGUGUCCCGGGAAGAACCUACACAUGUGGAUUGCUGGGAGAAAAGGUUUGUCGAACUAACUGGUACGGUAAGAGCUGCACUGUGAAGUGUGUCCCUAACUGGAGGGGACACUACACCUGCGAUGAAAUGGGAGGAAAGGUCUGUAGAUCAAAUUAUUAUGGAGAGAGCUGCACUCGAUGGUGUGCUCCUCGAGAUGACCCGCGAGAUGGACAUUUCAACUGUGAUAGGCAGGGAAACAAAGUCUGUCUUCCACGUUGGGAGGGGCCAUCUUGUAAACGAUGCGUGAAAAACUGGUUUGGUCCUGGCUGUUCUACGUACUGUGUACCUCAAGACAGUGGCGAGCUUGGACAUUACAAAUGCAGCCAAUCGAAUGGAACAAAAAAUUGCCUACCGUGGUGGUUUGGUAACGAGUGCAAAGCGCACUGUAUUCCACAUGACGAUGAUGACAAUGGCCAUUAUAGCUGUGCGCCUGACGGAAAUAAAACAUGCCAUAAUGGAUGGCACGGAAAGAACUGCACGGUGUUUUGUGUUCCUCAAGAUGAUGACAUCCGGGGCCAUUAUACUUGUGACGAGCAUGGCGGCAAAGUCUGUUUUGAUGGGUAUCGCCCUCCAGACUGUGUGGACUGCCUCCUGGGUCGGUAUGGUGCAAAUUGUUCUUUAUCCUGCUUGGCGAAUGACACGUACAGUGUUCAGCAAGAAGGCUACAUUUAUUGUUCUGACGAUGGAGUUAAGCAAUGCAAGCAGUGGUGGCAUGGCCCCGAGUGUCUCCAGUACUGUGUCCCUCAUGAUGACAACGAGCACGGGCAUUACACGUGCGAGACCCUUAAUGGAAGUAAAGUGUGCAGAUCUGGCUGGGAAGGGCCAAGCUGUCUCGAUCGAAAAAAGUUGUCAAUUUUUAGCGAAAUUACCAUCGACGAAAUGUUCCUCUGGUUUUUCAGCGCUGUAGCGGUUAUGUUGGCCUUCAUGGCACCACCCUCUGAAGGAACUGGUCGCGCCAUUAUAACACUAAGAAGGUACACUAACCCGACUCAUCGCUUGAGCAAUGGUAAAUGCUGCGACCACAGAUUUUUAAAUUUUGGCCCAUGCCGCCCGUGCGAUGCCUACUUCAAACUGUGUGUGAGUCAGUCAGUUAGUGGGUCUCCUUCAAACAGCUGUAAUAUUGGUAGAGGCCGGACUGGCGUGGUUGGUGACAAUGAUAACCAUGUACUUAACAUCAGGAGGGCGUUUUCUUUUGACUCAUUUCUGGGAGCCAUUACUAUUAGUGUGCAAGUCUGGGAUAAAGACAAAUAUACCAGCAAUGACUAUGUUGGCUGCCCGUCCAAAACACUGCAGUCUGUCACUCCAGGAUCGUAUUGGGAUCCUUUACGAAGAAGUUUGACACUGAAGAGCAGCUAUGUCACCAUGAAGCUCGAUUUGGAGUUGUACUGCGACAAGGACUACUAUGGACCCAGUUGUAGCGUGCGUUGCGUCCCACGAGAUGACUCGAGUGGACAUUACACCUGCGAUAAUCUGGGAAACAAGAUUUGUCUUCAACAUUGGGAAGGGCCGUCUUGUAACAGAUGCGAGAGGAAUUGGUUUGGUCCUCGCUGUUCUACAUUCUGUGAUCCUCGGGAUAAUGAUGUACAAGGACAUUAUAAAUGUAGACCGUCGGAUGGUAAGAAAGAGUGCCUACCAUCGUGGUUUGGUUCUGACUGUCGCGCACAAUGCAUCCCCCGCGAUGACGAAAGUGGACAUUACAGCUGUGCACAAGACGGAAGUAAAACGUGUCUGCCUGGGUGGUAUGGCGAGAUCUGCACAGUGUUCUGUGUUCCUCAAAAUGACGAGAAGCUCGGAAAUUACACUUGUGAUGAUGAAGGCAACAUGGUGUGUUUGGAUGGUGUUAGUCGGCUCGAUUCUAACUGUUCUUGGACGUGUUUGGCCCGGGAAGAACCAGUAACCUACAACUGUACAGAAGAGGGCUACAAAAUCUGCCAUCUUUCGUGGUUUGGGUCCGACUGUGCUACGUACUGCGAGCCCCAUAACGACAAAGUGCAUGGGUAUUACACUUGUAACGCGCGUGAUGGAAGUAAGGUGUGCUUGGAGGGCUGGGAAGGACGUGAUUGCCGCGACAGAAGCGUGGAAUCAUUAUUUACAAUAGAGUAAUGAUUGGCUGCAGUGUGACGGCAUGUCACCAGUUAGAAUCUUCAAUGGCGCUAAGACACUUUAAAAACAAUACCUAGACGGACGAAUGUUUACGGUUCCUUCGAAUGAUAAUAGAGUCAGUAAUCAUCGAACGAUUAUAAGAAUAUGAGACUAAAUGGAUACAUCAAACAGCUUUUUUUUAUGACUUGAACAAUUUUUUUUUUGUAAUUUCAAAUAGCUUCGCAAAGUAAUUGCAAACCGAGUAAAAAAUUAAAAUUCGCUUUUUAUGACGAAAGUAUUCAACGCUGUUUUGUGCAUUACCACCAUCGUUAUCAUCAUCAUUAUUAAUAAUAAUCAUAACAAUAAAUUAUAAACUUAUACAGCGUAUGCUAAAUGACGCGAUGAUCGCGUGCGCUUUACAAAAAUAUAAAAUAACUAUGAUUAAAUAAGCAGAAAAAAUAAGGUAGUUAUCAUUACAGCUAAGAGAAGUUAGAAGUGCGCUUGGUAACAGUUACAAGGAAAUAUGUACGCAAAGCUUGAUGACUUGGGGUGACUACGUAGAAGACGUUUUGGCUUUGAAAUUCAAAGUGAUCGUUUCUUGCCUUUUAAUUAAAAAGUACCAUGUUUUCUGGCUA